AUGACACAUUUCAAAUUGACAUUUAUCAUAACCUCAAUAUGUAAACAAAUCUUAACUGACAAAUUCAAAAUAGGUUCAAAAAAUCGUUAAUCUUUAUUAAUAAUAAUGUACCUGAAGACUUUACAAACAAUUUUAAGUUCGUUUUUAUUAUGCACGAUGGCUUUCGAAGAUGUUUUACACGUUUACGGGAUGGAAAUGAACGAGAUGACUCAAAAAGGAAAAAUUCAAUACCAAUUAUUACAAGAAAGGGGAAAUUUACCUCAAUACGGUGAUUGUUGGAAAAACGCAAUUCGGAAGGUAGAUGAUGGAUGUAAAGAAUUAUCAGAAGAAACUCAAUCGGAAGUUGCGUUGUAUUUAACGAAUUGUUUCUUAGCAAUGUCUGGACAUGAAAUUUAUAAAUGCGAAGCUGAUAAAAAACCUAAUUUAAGAGGGAUUUGUAUAAGCACUAUGUCCGAUCGAGCAUUUAAUGUAUACACCGAGUUUUACACUCACACUUUAAAUAUUUGUUAUUUUUUAAGGGGCCAAAUUUGGCAUGAAACAAUCGCCGAAAAUACAGUUAAAUUAGGCAAACAACUCCACGAUUCAGCAGUUAAUUUAGAAGAAUUAUUAAAGAUUCAAAAAGAAAGUAUUGAAUUACAAAAGAAUAUGAAGGAAUUUUUCGUUUAUUUAACUGAGAAACACAAAGAUUUCGAUAUUUUAACCUCAAAUUUUAAAGAGUUACAAUCGUGGUUGAUGGGGAAAAUAAGUUGGGUGGAUAGUUUUGUGUUUUAUUUUAUCACUUCAACAUUAACAAUGUUUAUUACUUCAUUAAACCGCACAGUUGCAGCAAGAUUUUAUAUGUUAGUUACCAUAAUGCUAAAUUUGUUUAUUGAAAGAGUCAUUGGAACGAUUAUUUCGAAUAGAAUCACUAAUAUUUUUGAUUUGAAUCAAAAAUAUUAUUAUAUAAUUUCUUUAUUAAGAUAUUUAGUUAUUGUAAUUUUAAUAUUUUUAUUCAUAUACUCUUAUUUUAAAUACGUUCAAACAUCACCCGAGGAUAUUACAGCAGGUGUAAAAGGAUUGUUUAAAAAAAAAUGUGUUUGUACACGCCCAAAACGCGUUCGUUUUCGUUUUCAUUACGAAAAGUGUCGUCUGGGGGAGCGUUAA